AUGGUAGAAGGUUCAUCUACAGCGUUUGUCACUGGCUCAGAAGCCUUCCCCAUGGGAGAUAUGAGUUCUAAAACUCAUGAUGUUAAAGUCUCAGCUGAACCAGAAGUGUAUCAUCAAACACGUAUGGGGAAAAUUGUAACUUCAUUAAGGAAGUAUGGUACAUUCAUAGGACCAGGUUUAUUAAUUUCAGUUGCUUAUAUGGAUCCUGGUAACUAUGCCACUGGUAUUACUGCUGGUGCAGGUAACAAAUAUGCCCUUUUAUUUAUUGUGUUUCUUUCAAGUAUAAUUGCUAUUUUCUUACAAGCCUUAUGUAUUAAAUUAGGGUCAGUUACAGGUUAUGAUUUAGCAAGAUGUUGUCGUGAAUAUUUCCCAAGAUGGUUGAAUAUCAUCUUAUGGAUCCUAGCAGAAUGCGCUAUUAUUGCUACUGAUGUUGCAGAAGUUAUUGGUUCAGCUAUUGCUCUUAAUAUUUUAUUACGUAUUCCAUUACCAGCUGGUGUUUGUAUUACAAUCGUGGAUGUUAUUUUUGUCCUUUUAGCAUAUAGAAAUGAUACUUCAUCAACUAAGUUUGUUAAAUGCUUUGAGUAUGCUGUUGGUUUAUUAGUGAUGGCUGUUGUUAUUUGUUUUGCUAUUGAACUUUCUCAAAUUCAUGCUGAUGCAGGUGAAGUCUUUAGAGGGUUUGUUCCAUCCAAAGAAAUGUUUGCUGGUAGUGGUAUGACCAUUGCUACUUCUCUUAUUGGUUCUACAGUUAUGAUUCAUUCAUUAUUUUUGGGUUCUGGUUUAGUUCAACCAAGAUUAAGAGAAUAUGAUGUCCAACAUGGUCAUAUUAAAUUAGCUGAUAUUUGUGAAGGAAUAGAUGAAAAGGAUGCUGCUAAAAUGAAAGAUAAAGAAGCUGAUUAUUUUUAUAAUUCUUACAAGCCUUCAUAUCAAGCAAUCAACUACUCAUAUAAGUAUUCAAUUAUUGAAUUAGCUGUUACUUUAUUGACUCUUGCUUUAUUUGUAAAUCUGGCUAUUCUUAUUGUGGCAGGUUCUUCAUUAUAUGGUACACCAGAAGCACUUGAUGCUGAUUUAUAUACCAUUCAUUAUUUAUUAUCUAAGAAUUUAGCUCCUGUUGUUGGUACAAUUUUCAUGUUGGCACUUUUAUUUAGUGGUCAAAGUGCUGGUAUUGUUUGUACAAUUGCAGGUCAAAUUGUUAGUGAAGGUCAUAUUAAUUGGACAGUUAAACCAUGGUUGAGAAGAUUGAUUACUAGAGGUAUUUCAAUUCUUCCAUGUUUAGCCAUUUCUGUAUCUAUUGGUAGAAAUGGGUUAAAUACAGCUUUAAACAUUUCACAAGUUAUUAUUUCAUUAUUAUUACCACCAUUAACUGCACCAUUGAUUUAUUUCACAUGUAAGAAAUCAAUCAUGAAGAUUGAGUUACCAGAAGAAAUGCAAACGUUAGUAGAAGAGGAAGAUGAAGAAGAACAAGAUGGUACGGUUCAAGAAGUCGACACUGAAUCAAAUGAUUCUAGAAAGUAUAAAUUUAUGACAAACAAUUGGAUAACUACUUCCAUUGCGGUCGUUAUUUGGUUUUUCAUUUCUGCAUUAAAUAUUUACGCUAUUUACGAUAUGGCAUUAAAUGGGGUUGCUGGUAGUUAA